AUGCCAAAUUUGCUUGAGGAUAAUUUUGAUCCUACUUUCCAAUCUACCUCUAAAAAGCUAGUACUCCCACCGAAUCGAAAAAACCAUGCAGAAUAUGAUAACCUGAAUGAAGAACCACGUGUGAAUGAUUUCUCAAGUGAUGAAUUGAUGAAACUUCUCUCAUUUAUGGAGGGAGAAGUCCAAGCUAGAGAAGAUGUAAUUGAUCAUUUGAAGAAGGAAAGAACGAAAAUUUUACUCUCGGAAGCGAAAUAUGGAAAGUUGAACAUGAAUGAUCCGUUUGCUGCAUUAAGAAGAGAUUCUGCAAUUACUGAUGAACAAAUUGAUGAGGAGAAAAUAGUUCAGAUGUACGAAUCACAGGUGGAUCAGCUGGACAAAAUGAUGUCGGUUCAAAAGAAAUCGCAGAGAAAUGCAGCUGUGCUUCUCGUCGCCCUCGAAAAGAAACAAUACAAAUUGGUGAAAAAGCUGGAAUCUGAUAGAGAAGCCAAGAUACGUUAUGCAAAACAAGGAGAUGACCUGGUUGCUCACUUGGAAAAAGAAAGAAAUCAACUUCAACAACAAAUUGAAUUUCACAUUGAAGAGAAACGAAAAGCAGAAAUUGCAAAGGAUAAAAUGGAAAUGACACUUGGAAAUGAGAAGAAACGACACGAAUCAAUCGUUUUGUAUUUGAUACAAGAAAGAAAACAGAUGUUAUUAAAGAUGCAUGAAUUGAGAGUCAAAGCUGAGCAGUUGAUGCUUCAGAAUCAAUCGGAUCCUAAUAAACCUGGUCCUUCUAACGCAUUGAACGAGCGAGAACUAAUCGAGGAACUGAAAAAGGAGGUCACUUUUUUGAGAUCUGAAAGAGAGUCCUUAACGAAAACUCAAAAAAUGAUGAAGAAUGAGAACAUGAGUCUCCGUGAAACUGUGAGAGGACAAGAAGUGGAUCUUCAGAUGCUUAGAAGAAAUCUCACGUUGACUGGAGCUAAAAUGUCAAUUGAUAAACCUGGGCAUCAACUUCCCCAACUAACCCCAGACGUCGGAUCCUUGGUAAUGGCUAAUCGUGGAGCUAAAUCAGUGACAACUCCACGUCCACCAACAGCUCCUCCAGCUGCCCGAAUUCCGAAUUCGAGUACAUUUCCAACUGAGAAAAGUCGUCUUCCGAGAGCUCCACCACCAAUUUCUACUGCUCCGGCUCCACGCAUGUCAAUUGGAAACCUGUCUUCUUCCAGUUCGAAUCCACCCCGUACAAUGAGUUCUCCAGUGAAAAAGACACCAGUAAUGGGCGUUUCCUCCACAUCAGUUCGUCGACCACAAUCUGCAACAACCACAACAACUUCAGUUAUAACAAAUACGUCAGCUGUGAUGCCAUUAUCUCCAGAGCUAGAAAAAUUAGAAGCAGCGAUUCAAUCGAUGAAUGUUGUAUCAUCAAGUCCACCUGCAUAUUCAACUGCAAUGGCUAAAAGAAGUUCAAGUCUUCCCAGAGAACCCAACAACAAUCCUCCGAUUUCAUCUGCUCCAAUACGAAGAAGUACGAUGAAUGGAGGAAUGCAUUCAUCGACAACUGGAGUUGUUACAACUAGAAUUGGCAUGUUUUUGCAUACUGGUCCAUCCACAACUGUUGCGAGCGAACGGAAAAUGUCUGGAACAGUGAAACGGAAUGGAAUUCUUGCUAAAGCGUUUGGAUCCUCCAAAUAA